AUGUCUGUUGUAACCGAUCCAACCAGCGCUUCGACUAGCGCUGAGGCAAGCACGGGCCCCGCGGCAAACACGAGGCAACAGACGGCUGCGAGAAAAGAGAAGAUCGCGCUUCUUCGGGCGCAGCUCGCUGCUUUGGAGCUCGAGAACUCUGAGCUGGAAGGAGACUCCAAGAACGAUGAGGAGACACCUCAACAGGAUGAAGAUCUGAAGGAUCUGACGAAAACGCACCAGGGUCAAGGCGGCGUGAUCAAAACUGAAACGGACGUCGAGCCGCAAAAGCUGGCUUCGUCAUC